AUGAAGCUUCCUGUCGUCACACACCUGCUCUUCCUGCUGUGCGUCUGUUCAGCUCGUCCUCCACCAGACAUCGUCUCUUCACCGCCUGUGCUCCACCCCGAAGCGCCAGUGGAAUCUGCAGCUCCCGAGGCCAGCAGAACCACUCAGCCGAACCACCCGCAGAAGCCAUCUACCUGGUACCGCAUCGUGAAGGCCAGAGAGAGAGACCAACCUCCCGCUGGGUUUCGCGACAAAGACCACCUCACGUCUCCCCCGGCGAUGAAGAUGGAGACGAGCUCGCCAGUGUCCGGUUCUCUGGCGGGUCAGGUGGUGCUGCCGUGCUACUUCUCCAUCCUCCCCGUUGCCCCCGGCGACGGCUCCGGCUCCCCUCUUCUGAGGAUCAGGUGGACGAAGCUGGAGGAGCAGGCGGAGGAGAAGGUGGUGCUGGUGGCGACGGGCGGCAUGGUGAAGGUGGGGUCAGAGUUCAUGGGCAGGGUGUUGUUGCCGAGUCACCCGCUGGCGGUGGGUGACGCCUCGCUCACCAUGGAGAGGCUGAGGGCGAGCGACGCGGGGCUCUACCGCUGCGAGGUGAUGCACGGGAACGAAGAUACGCAGGAUACUGUGAGGCUCAACGUCAGCGGCGUCGUGUUUCACUACCGGUCGGACACCAGCCGCUACACUAUGAACUUCCCUGAUGCGGUGCAGACAUGUCAGGCUGUCGGCGCCUCCAUCGCAACGCCUGAACAACUCACGGCUGCUUUCGAGGACGGCUUCGACCGAUGUGAUGCAGGCUGGCUCGCCGACAAGUCCGUCAGAUAUCCGAUCGCGGUGCCUCGUCCAGGUUGUUUCGGCGAGUUGUUGAACCGACCGGGAAUAAGAACGUACGGCGUCCGCGACUCCACAGAGAAAUAUGAUGUGUUCUGCUUCGUGGACAAACUACACGGCGAGGUCUUCUAUCCCUCCAUCAGCGAUAAACUCACCUUGCAGGAGGCGAGAGACGAGUGUAAGAAGCACGAGUCCGUCUUAGCUUCGCCCGGUCAGCUGUUUGCAGCCUGGAGAGCCGGGCUGAACCGCUGCGACUACGGCUGGCUGUCCGACGGCAGCGCCCGCUACCCCAUCACCGUCCCCCGGCCGCAGUGUGGAGGAGGCCUGCUGGGGGUUCGGACGCUGUACAAGUUCAAAAACCAAACCGGAUUCCCAGAUCCCACAGAGAGACACGGACUGUUCUGCUUCAAAGGUAAAACACUACUCAACACUACUGAAGUGGUUAAAGGAAGAACCCAAGCAAGCUACAGAUCGAUCCACAGAGAAAUACCCCCAGGGGUGCCCGAGGGGGGGGGGCACAGCGCACAGGACCAGUGCCUGGUGCCCGGCCCGGAGACACACGGCCCGGAGACACCCCACAGAGCCCAGAACCUCCAAGUGCCCAAGACUCUAACUCCAAGCAAAGUAGUCCAGCAACAUCGGAUCAAGUGGCCUCCGGCUAAGCAGCACAGGCUGGCACGUGCACACAUAGGGCCCUAG